UUUGGGAGUCUUACCCUUCGCUCGUUUAGUUAGAGACCUGGCAUUACACUGAGCUGCAAGAUGAGGAACACUGUCUUCCUGGGUUUGUUCUUCCUCCUCACUUGCUUAACACACGUAGAAUGCACGCUAAAAGCAGCCUGCAACGAGACAGACGCUUGCCAACCAGUGACGGAAGAGUGUGUCAAUGGAGUUUGUGAAUGUCAAAAGAAUCACGAUAUCGAACUCACCUCUAGUUUUGAAAUUCUAUGCAAGCCAGCGCCGGCAUGUACACCAGACUGCGAGGAUAACAAAGUAUGCAUUGACGGCCAUUGUCACUGUGACCGCGGAAGAGUUUACGUCAAUGACAGAUGUCGAACCUUGAAAGGCUUUCGUGAAUUCUGUUCCACUUCCGCCUUUUUCUGCGACAUCAGUGCCAACCUGUCUUGCAGCAACAGCAUCUGCCUAUGUCUUGAGAGUCACUGGUUUGAUCCUGACACUAACAGCUGCAGGCAUAAGAACGAAUUCCUGGCUGAAUACAAUGUCACAGAGUAUAAAGUCCACCCCGGAAUUUAUUGCCGAACAUCUGAUGACUGUAUAACUGGGCUUAGUUGCACUAACUUCUUAUGCAAAUGUCCGACGUACUGUGAAUAUAAACGAGACAAGGAAGCAUGUGACUGCGGAGAUGCCGAAGUGAGUAUAACUGGGCCAAUCGUCGUUGGCAUAAUGCUUGGAUUUGUAAUUAUCUGGUUUUGGGUGAAAGCUGUUCUUGUGACUUUACCGGAGUAAACAUGAGUGUGGUAGCACUUAUGUGCAUACUUACUGUAUAUCUGUAUGCACACCUGUGUACACUGGUCAGGGAGGAUUGUUAUAUAUAUAUAUAUA